UGAAGUAGUCAGCUGAUUACAGCAUAUGAUCCUGCUGAACGGAAAACAUUUCAUCCGUUCUCUGUCUUUUAUUUGAAUAAAAUAUAACACAAAGUCACAAUGCCCGGACGAGGAAAAUUAAUCGCAGUUAUCGGUGAUGAAGACACGUGCACCGGAUUUCUCCUCGGAGGGAUCGGAGAGCUCAAUAAAAACCGUAAACCCAAUUUCUUGGUGGUGGAAAAGGACACCAGCGUUACAGAGAUAGAGGAGACCUUCAAGAGUUUCCUGGCUCGCAGUGACAUUGGCAUCAUCCUCAUCAACCAGUUCAUCGCAGAGAUGAUUCGACAUGCCAUUGAUGCCCACAUGCAGUCCAUCCCGGCUGUGCUUGAGAUUCCCUCAAAGGAGCAUCCAUAUGACGCCUCCAAAGACUCCAUCUUGCGACGGGCCAAGGGUAUGUUCUCUGCAGAGGACUUCCGGUAACCUGUUACCACCAGUGCAGGCUCACAGUCUGUCCUGAGCACAUGAAGGAAUUAGGUAUUCUCAUCCAUCUGGCUCAAACUGAAAACCAUAUUAUGAGGAGUAUAUAAUGAUGUGUGUUUAAUCAAUGUUCUGUGGUGUAUAUUUUGCCAUUCCCAAGGAAAUUUUUUUUGUCAGUGCUCCUACUGAAAUUAUUUUAAAAUAUAUAUGUACAAUAUAACAAUGUAUAAUAUUAUGUCAUUAUAUAAAACAUAAAUAUAUUAUGAA